UAUUCAAAUAAAAUCGAAAAUAUUCCAAACAUAUUUUCAAUAAAAAAAAAUAUUCGCAAACCUCUUCUUAAAAAAAAAAAUAAAUAACCCAAUACGCAAAAAGUAUUUAAAAAAUUAAUUCAGACAAUAUUAAACAGUAUUAUAAAAUAGAAAAAAAAAUUAACUUCAUGAGUGAGAUAUCAAACAACUGUGAAGAUAACAUCUUAUCGCCAACGAAAACCACCAAUAUCGAUGUGAGGCACUGCGUAAAGCCGGAAAAGAAGUAAUAUUUUCGUAGCCUCUUUGUUCGCAUGACUUCCCUGUGAUUUUCAUCAAAACGAAAAAAUUAUUGAUCGUCAAUAAAAAAAAAUAAAGCUUUGUUGCUCGCUUUAAAAGCUUCAAAUUCGUCGCUUGAAUCGUUCAUCAUGACAAACUCUCAGGUAUGGUUUCGUGGCAUCCGACCUUCGAAAUUCCGGCAUGUCUAUGGAGUUCCGUCGAAAAAGGAAGCCUGUUACACGGACAUCAGCAUGGUCAGAAGUGGCAAUGAUGGCAAUUUGUGUGCCGUUAAUCCGAAAUUUCUGGCUAUUGUGUCGGAAUCGGCUUUUGUGGUCAUUCCUAUGAACCUCACGGGACGCAUUGACUUCCAAUGUUGCAAAGUGAUUGGGCAUAAUGGUGCUGUAACGGAUCUCAAGUGGAAUCCCUUCAAUGAUAAUAUGAUUGCGUCUGGAUCAGAUGAUUGCACAAUUCGCAUCUGGUCCAUUCCCGAAGGAGGCUUAACUUCCAACCUAACGGAGAGCGUUGUCGAGUUAACGGGCCACAAACGCAAAAUUUUGCACAUUGAAUGGCACCCAACGGCAAGUGAUGUCAUCAUCAGUGCUGGUUUCGAUCACCUCAUCAUCGUCUGGGACAUUUCCAACUCCAACCAGAAUGCAAUUUUGAACGUCAUUAAUUGUCACAGCGACAUGAUUUACUGCUUGGCGAUCAACCGAGAUGGCUCUCUCAUUGCCACAACGUCGAAAGACAAACAAUUGCGCAUUAUUGAGCCCCGUUCUGGCAUCGUUGUGUCCGAAGCGCAAGCUCACGAAGGCACCAAAUGCUCCAAAGUUGUCUUUUUGGAGAAUAAUCGCGUCUUGACCACCGGAUUUUCGCGUCAUUCCGGUCGACAGUACGCUUUGUGGAACCAACAUGACUUGAAAAAACCCCUGAUCCGCGAAGAAAUCGACAAUUCCAGCGGGAUUCUCAUCCCGUACUACGAUCCCGAUACGCACAUGCUCUAUUUGGCGGGAAAAGGUGACGGCAAUAUCCGUUAUUACGAAGUCGUGGAUGAGGCACCGUACAUUUACUAUCUCAGUCAAUUCCUGUCGGGACAUCCGCAAAAGGCGCUCGGUGUUUUGCCGAAACGCGGCGUCAAUGUGGCACAAUGCGAGGUCUUUCGGUUCUACAAAUUGCAUGCAACGGGAAAUAUUUGCGAACCAAUUUCGAUGAUUGUGCCAAGAAAGUCGACACUUUUCCAGGCGGACCUGUAUCCGGAUACUUUGGCACCCGAAGCAGCUCUUACGGCGAAAGAAUGGUUCCAUACGAAGCGAAAUGCACAACCGACACUCAUGUCGAUGCACACGGGUCACACAACGCUCGACAUUGAGAACAAAACGUUGUACAAGGAGACAAAUAUCAUCCGGAAACCCUCGAUGCGCAAAAGUAUGGUCAUCAGUACGACCGAAAUCGAGGAGAAUCACGUCAAGGACAACAAGGAAAACGAGAAAAAUGUCAUUUUACGCACCAUCGACAACACUUCGAAGAAAUUUGAAUUCCUUUCGCGAUCCACAACCAUCGAUUAUCGUCCGCAACAGAUUACCGAUAAAAAUCAAAAAACAACUACAAACCAAAGCACAAAAUUCCAUCAGUUGCAGGCAAUUUUCGGCGAGAAGCAACCCGUCAAUGGCAUCACACAAAAUACCAAAGACAUUAACAAUUUGCAGAACAACCUACUGAGCAACGUCGAAAAAAACAACUCUCGUAACAGUUCGUUGGAGAAUUUGAACCAGAUGAACUCGGAAAAUGAGCUUCGCAAAGCCUACAUGAAACAGUCGGAUGAGGUAAAAAGCUUGCGUAAGUUGCUUAACUGCUCGGAGAAACGCAUCAAAGAACUCGAAUCGGAAGUGCGACGACUACAGAUUGCCGCGGCACGAAAGUAAAAAAUAAACGUGAAAGCUUGAAUUGCUGGCUUUUUGUGAUAUUUUAAAUGUAUGAAGAAGAAUCGUGGUAGAAUAAUUAGUUUCGUUACAGAAAAAAAAACGAAAAUUCAUCAGAAUCAUAGACCCGAAACGGUAGAAUAUUAUUAUUACUACGGGAUAAAUGUACAAUUAUUUUUUGUUUUUUAUCAAAAAUCAACGUUAAAAAAUUUAUUUUUAAUAUUUUCAACUUUUGUAAAAAAAAUAAUUUUUAAUUUCUCGAACAAAAUUUUAAACUUUAAAAAAAUAAAUAAAUUUUUUAAAAAUUUAACUCGCUUCUUAGCUUCUAUUCAAAAAAAAAAUUAGCUAAAAAACUGCUUAAAAUUUAAAACAUUUGUGAAUAAUCGAAAAAAUUGUGUAUUUUUGCAGAAAUAUAAUAAAAAAAUUUAACUAAACUGCCACUUACAUGUGAACGAAAAGGCUUUCCGUGAAGAAAGUUGGCGCAAAAUAAGCUUUUUUACAGUUAAAAUAAUUAAAAAUACUUAAAAAAAAUAAUUAUAAUCUAUAGUGAUAAGUUACGAAAUGUAUGGAAAAUAGAGAAUAAAGCAUGUAGCUCAAUGUAUAAUGUCGCGAA